GCAGAAGUGAAACAGCCGCAGCCGCAAACAGAAGCAAAACAGCUAAAAGCGAUAGGAAUUUUGUACUUUUAUACAGCGCCACAAAGAAGCCACAGAAUGACCGAUCUGCGCAACGAGAUGGACAGCGAUCUGGACCAGAACUACUCCCUGAACAGCAAUGCGGACCCCAAGAACAUGCAGGAGCUGACCAUAUACGUACAAAAUCUGUUGCAGAACGUUCAGGACAAGUUCCAGACAAUGUCGGACCAGAUAAUAACGCGCAUCGAUGACAUGGGCAACCGCAUCGACGAUCUGGAGAAGAGCAUUGCGGAUCUGAUGAACCAGGCCGGGAUCGAGGGUCAGGGACCGGAGAAAUGAGAUCCGUAGCGCUGGCCCGGCCACGCCCAUACGGAAAUUGCAUCCCAAUACCAUUAGAUACAUACAUCGAACACCUGGCACCCAGUCACCCGUAUCAAGUUUACAAUUCCAGGUUCUCACAUUCAUUUAAUCUCCUUCGCACCCAGCUGCUCCCCAAGAAAAGAAAAAAAGAACACAUUUGCUCAUCCAUUUAUUGCAUAGUUUUAAGUUUCGCCCGCUCGGGGCACAUCAUAAUUUAAGUAAAGUAAUUCUUUUGUGAGCAA